AUGGAAAUUUAUAAAUUAACCAAUGUACCUGAUACUCUUUACUAUAUACCAAAUUUUAUAACAAUUGAAGAAGAAGAAUAUCUAUUGUCAUGUGUUAAUAAUGUACCUCGUACACGUUGGGUUCAAUUACGUAAUCGUCGUUUACAAAAUUGGGGUGGACAACCACAUUCUAAAGGAAUGAUUCAAACAGAAUCAUUACCAAAAUGGUUAGAACCAUUUACUGAACGUAUUCUUAAACUUGAAAAUCAAACAAUAUUUCCUGAUCAUAUAUUUCAAUUUAAUCAUUGUCUAGUAAAUGAAUAUGAAUCAGGUCAAGGUAUUAUGCCACAUACUGAUGGACCUGUUUAUCAUCCGAUUGUUUCAACUAUUUCAUUACAAUCACAUACUGUUAUUGAAUUUUAUCGACCGAUUGAUAGUAAUAAUAAAGAGGAUGUUUCAUCAUUUUCUGAUCGUUGUAUUGCUCGAGUUCUUCUUGAACCACGUAGUUUAUUUAUGGUUAAAGAUGAUAUGUAUUCAUAUUAUUUGCAUGGUAUUGAAGAACGUCAAGAAGAUACAAUUAAUCGAGAGAGAAUAAGUAAUUUUGAUCGAUGUAAUGAUAAUAUUAAAGAUAAAGAUGAACAAAUAUUACUACGUACAACACGAAUUUCAUUAACUAUUCGAUGUGUAGAAAAAAUAUCUAAAUUACCAGUUGGAUUGUUACGCAAAUAA